AUGCCUGCUCAGAAGCGUUCCAUGGAGAACGAAUCAACAAAGAACGGGUCUAAAAAAUUAAAGAUCGCUGAUUCCAAACACGAGAGACACACCCCUUCAAGUGGGGCUCCGUUACGUGCAGAGGAGCUUGACUUUCCCCGUGGUGGCGGCACGUCGUUCACACCCCUUGAAGUAAAGACAAUCCGAGCGGAGGCCGUUAAGGAAGCCAAUGUAGAACUUUUUGAGGUUAGAAUCAGUUUUUCAUAUGCGAAAGAUACCCAUGUUGCGAAAAAGUCCAAAAAACGAAAACGUGGCCCCGAUGGCCACACCCACCCCGCUGGUGAGAAUGCCAAUAGAGUACGAAUCGAGCAUCUGAAUUAUAAAAGGUUAAAUGUGGGGAUGAAAAUUUUCGGCCAAAUUGUCGGUAUUUUGCCGUUAUCGUUGCUUGUUUCUCUUCCCAACCAAUUAUCCGCCCAUGUUCCCAUAACAAAUAUAUCCUCGCAAUUUACGAGCGCCCUUGAACGAAUGGACAACAUCAGCGAAGGGUCUGGCGCGGAUGAUGAGGAAGGAGCUGGACUAUCGGAUUCUGAUACCCCAGAUCUCUCUGAUAUAUUCAGGGUAGGACAAUAUGUCCGUGCGGUGGUGUCCGCUAUACAUGCCCCGGGCUCAAGUGAAGCUUCAAGUCUUGGAAAAUCGCGGGAUGAGACCAGCAAGGCUAGCCGACGGGUGGAGCUCAGUCUGGUUCCUGAAAGAGUAAAUGCCGGAGUUCAGAAAGCAGACCUCAAAAACGGAUUUACCAUGACAGCCGCCGUCAAGAGCGUCGAAGACCAUGGAUAUAUUUUGGAUUUGGGAAUUUCAGGUGUCGAAGGAUUUUUGGCUUUCAAGGAUACAAAGAUGCGGCCAAGUGGGAGCAUAGCGUUGGAUGUCGGUCGGUUGCUGGACGUUAGUGUAACCAAGCUGUCCGCAAACGGACGGACUUGUAAUGUCACUACGGACCAAGCUCUAUUUUCGUCGUCCUAUGUCACUGAGAUGUCAUCCGUCACAUCGGUCCUUCCUGGCGCUUUAGUGCAAUCACUCAUAACUGCGAUCCAUCCCACAGGUCUUAAUCUUCAAGUCCUUGGUUUUUUCGAAGGUACCGUUGACCCAGUGCAUUUAAAAAAAGGGGGGAAAGCGUACCAGGUUGGUAAAAAGGUUAGGGCGAGAAUAUUGUAUGAAUAUUCUUCAUCCCCCCCAAGAUUCGCGUUAGCCCUAGUAGACCACCUCACGAAUCUCAGUGCACCCUGCAUCAAAAGCAAGGAAUUACCGGCUGAGACAAAAUCUAUUCAAGAAGCCUUUCCAUUGGGUACGAUCAUUGAGUCUGCGAAGGUCCUCCGGGUGGAAACGGAGCGGGGGAUCAUUGUUGAAGUUCAGCCAGGAGUCGAAGGUUUUGUACAUAUAUCCCACCUCUCAGAGGACCACGUACCAUCUCUUUCUUCCACUGGCCCAUGGAAACCCGGCACCCUUCAUCGAGCACGUGUAACAGGCUACUUUAGCUUUGAUGGUCUCUUGCAGCUCUCCUUCAAGCCAUCGAUCAUUGAGCAGAAGUUUUUGCAAGUGAGCGAUGUCGAGGUCGGCGAAGUCAUCAAAGGCACAAUCAAGAAACUUACCGAUUCUGGCCUCUUCGUCUCCUUGUCGAGAAGUAUUGAUGGUGUUGUCUGGCCCAACCAUUAUGCGGAUAUCACCCUUAAACAUCCCGAAAAGCGAUUUAAGCCUGGAGCGGGCAUUAAAUGCAAAGUUCUGGCCGUCGAUGUCUACCGGAAACGCAUUUCUUUAACGGCAAAAAAGACGCUCCUCGAUUCCAACCUACCCAUUUUGUCAAAAAUUGAUGAUGCCAAACCAGGCUUCGUGACUCACGCAGUGAUCUUCAAAGUAUACGGCAAUCACCUACUGGUUGAAUUUUACAAUAAUCUAAAAGCAAUUGUCCCAGCAAAAGAAAUCAGUGACAUUCCGAUCAAUAAACUCUCAGAUUCUUUCCCAAUUGGACGGGUUGUGAGAACACGGAUCAUUUCUGUCGACACUGAACAGGGACGGAUUGUAGCGAGCAUUCGACAAGCCCUCGGCAACAAAGAUCCAGUCAGUGACAUCAGCGCUGUCGAGAUCGGUAAUAUCGUGAAAGGAUCCAUCUCCGAGAUUCACAAGGACAACGCUCUUAUCAUCCUUCAACCAACCCAGAUUCGAGCUUUGCUGUCUCUAAAAAACCUGGCAAAUUUUCGUCAAAUUUCUUUGGGUGAACUCCUUGUCAAGUUAAAAGUUGGUGAUGAACUGGAUGAACUCGUUGUUGUCACCCGAAAUCCCGAUAAAGGAGUGGUCAUCGUGGCUAACACACCCAAGAAGGUCCCGUUGCUUAAAGGAUCAAGUGUGUCCAUUGAUUCUUUGAAAGUCGGUCAGAUCGUCGGAGGUCGUGUUACUCGACAUACUCGCCAUAGCGCCUUAAUCAAGGUCACUCCACAAAUUGGCGGAACAUUACACCCGACAGACAUAUCGGAUGACUACGACAUGGGCUUAGUACUCCCUCCCGUAGAUUCCAUUCUGAGGGCCGCGAUCAUCGAGAUAGAUCGGUCCAAAAACCAACUCAGGCUGUCCACCCGCCAUUCGAAAAUGUAUCCUGAAUCUACCAAAAAAAUUGUUGACCAGGAGAUCAUCCAUAUCUUUGAUAUCCAUGUCGGAGACACUGUCCGAGGAUCAAUUAAAAGUGUGGCUGACCACGGGUUGUUCGUGACCAUCGGUCGUGAUAUCGAUGCUCGUGUACAGAUUCGAGAACUUUUUGACGACUUUGUCGAAGACUGGAAGGCUCGCUUCCAGGAAAAACAGAUCGUGAAAGGUCUCAUUCUCAGCGUUGACCUCCAGACAAGGAAAGUAGAAAUGACCCUCAAAUCGGGAGAUCUCUCGACUAGAAAUGGUUCAUCCGUUGGGUUGGCUGAUCUCAAAGUGGGUCAGAAGGUCGAUGGCCUUGUAAAGCGGAUUGAGGACUACGGUCUGUUCAUCAACAUCGAUCGUUCAAAGCUUAAUGGUCUUUGUCACAAAUCACAGCUCUCAGACAGUCAGGGAGCUGGUGUCUCAUUUGCGCUCAAUAGCUUCCACGAGGGAGAUCGUGUGAAGGCCGUGAUUAUAGGGAUUGAUAAAGCUCGUAUCUCUUUGAGCCUGAAGCCUUCUCUUUUCAAUGAAGAAGAUUUUCAAGAGGGCGCUGACACCAACGAACCGAUCCCCGAACCUUCUGGAGUGAUCAAGAAUGACAACGUCGAGACAAGCGAUGAUGACGAGGACGAAGAAGUCGACAUCUCGGACUCCGAAGGCGAGGGCGACGAUGUGAUGGAUGUCGAUAUUGAUCAACCCCUGGCCCACAGCCGUCCGGUUAGCGCACAGAAACCCAGAGUCGUCUCCACGGCCCCAAUACCUUCAUUGGCGUUGUCAGGCGGGUUCCAAUGGUCUUUUGGUGAACAGCAAUUAGGCGAUGAUUACGAUGCGGAAUCACCCUCCAGCGAAUCUGACUUGGAAGGUGACGAAUAUGGCAAGAGGAAAACGAAGCGUCGGCGAAAAGCGAUUGAACACGACCUCACAGCAGAAAUGCACACCAAGUCACCGGAGUCCAACGCGGACUUUGAGAGGCUGCUUCUGGGGUCUCCGAAUUCGUCGUACCUUUGGAUACAGUAUAUGUCCUUUCAGCUGCAACUCUCAGAAGUGGAGAAGUCUCGAGAAAUUGGCCGCAGGGCUAUCGAAACUAUUAACUUUAGGGAAGAGCAAGAGAAACUGAACGUGUGGAUCGCCCUGUUAAACCUGGAAAAUGUUUAUGGCACCUUGGAAAGUUUGGAAACAACCUUUAAGCAGGCAGCUCGCGCGAAUGACUCGAAGACCGUACAUCUACGUCUGGCUUCAAUCUUCGAUCAAUCAGAUAAAUUGGAGAAAGCCGAAGAACAAUUUAAUCGGACCUGCAAGAAGUUUGGACAAAGUUCCAAGGUUUGGACACUCUUCAGUGAAUACUACUUGAAAAGAGGAAAUAUGGAGGAGUCGAGAAAGCUCCUUCCACGGAGCCUGCUGAGCCUAGACAAACGCAAACAUUUGAAAACGAUAUCUCGCUUUGCACAACUGGAAUACAAGUAUGGUGAUCCUGAAAGAGGAAGAACACUGUUCGAGGGCAUUGUUGAUUCACACCCCAAACGAUGGGACUUGUGGUCAAUAUACAUGGACAUGGAAGGGGUGCAGAAAAAUAUCCAAGGCCUCCGGAACCUCUUCGAACGGGUUUUGACCCUUCAUAUGACAAGCCACAAAGCCAAAUCAUUCUUCAAGAAGUGGCUUGAGCUUGAGAAACGAAUAGGAGACGAAGAGGGUGUAAGUGAUGUGAAAACAAAAGCAGUCGAGUGGACACGAAGAGCAUCAAAUGCACAACAAUAAUUACCAGAAACGUAGAGACAACAGAUGGAACUUCUUAUAGAUAUGAGGCAAUGAUAUCAGUGCAGAGCAUGUAAGUAAAGAGGGAGAGCAGAAAUUAGAACGCGAUGGAAUCCAAGCGAAGUUGUCAAAGUAAAAAUAUCACGGGUAUAUGCAAGUGAUACAUACAGCAGGAAGGGAAUAUCAUGAGUGGGGAGACCUUGUGCGUUCUGAUACUGCAGGCUCAGAAUCGAAGUCACUCAGUGGUCGCCUAUUGCUCAUAGAGCUGGCGAGCUGUCGCUGCCAAUCGUCCAAUUCACUAGAUAGAUGCUCGAAAGCGAGAGCGUUCUCCGAACUCGAAGUGCUGGCUCGCCUGCCAGAGAUGCCUGACAUCGGCCUGCCCCUGCCAAAUGAAGGCUGCUCAACUUCAAGAAGAAGUCCAAUUUUAUGAGAAAGUUGCUCGUUUUCUCGUCGAAGGAUUGUAUUUUCGUUGCUAAGUUUCUCCAUCAGUGUUUCGUCGUGACCCCCACGAGCAAUAACAAGGGAGGCCUGUAGUCGUUCAACAUCAUGUUGGAGUUCUUCCACUUGCAUUAGUCGGUCAUCCGAUUCCCGUUGUGAGGUUACAAGAUUGUUGCGGAGGGCCUCAAGGUCCUUUUCCAGGUUGUCGAGUCGCAUCCGAAGUUCUUUGUUUUCGUUGUGCAACCGCUGACCUUGUCUCUGAGCAUCAAUGAGCUGAUUGCGCAA